UAACUGCCAUCGUCACAUAUCAUCUUCCAAUCCGCGAUUUCUUCAGCACGCGUACCUUCCUUGUCCCUCGUUGUCUUGUCUUAUCCUGUAUUAUUUUUCUCGAUAUCACUCUCUAUAUCUUCUCUUGAUCUCCUCCGCUCCUUCUUUCCUCCCUAAGUUCGCGCCUUUUACCGAAAUCUGCACCUGCAGCCAAGAGCCGCUACUUUGAUCUAUCCGCCUUUUCUUGAAGCUAUCCGUAGGACUUAGCGCAUCGCCGACUCGAGCUUGUCGCCCUAGUCGCAACCCUCUUUCAUACCUGCGCCGCGCUUCCACAACAGGUUCCUUUCGCGUACGACCUUUUGCGCGUCUUUCUUCUGCCCUGACCGGGCUACACCGUGUCCGCCAUGGCUCACAAUGGCAACGGCUCUAUUUACCCCCAGAAUGGCGGACCCGUCUUACCCUCUUCCGCCUCGAACCGAAACGAAAACAGAAAGCCGGAGGAAUGGUGGUAUACGGAAAAUGGACGCUCUUACGAUACUUUUCGGAGGGGGAAGUAUUUGUUCCCAAUGGAUGAGGACGAAAUGGAUAGGAUGGAUAUAUUCCAUAAGUUCUUUCUAGUGGCGCGGCAGGAUAGCUCUAACUACGGAGGUCUAUGCCAGCGACCGCUACCCGCCUACCCUCGAAUCUUAGAUCUUGGAUGCGGUACCGGUAUCUGGGUGAUUGAUAUGGCCGAUCGCCAUCAAGGACGAGCCAAUAUUCUCGGUUGGGACCUUUCUUUAAUACAACCUCUUAGGAUUCCACCAGGUGUUGAGUUUCAGCGACGUGAUAUAGAGGAUCCCUGGACCGGCAUCGAAGAGAAUUCCUUCGAUCUCAUUCAUAUGAAAAUGCUUGCUGGGGGUAUAGCAAAUUGGACGGCUUUAUACGACCGUGCAUUCAGAUACCUCAAACCUGGUACUGGACUCUUCGAACAUGUGGAGAUUGAUCUUACGCCUAAGUCCGCAGAUGGCGAAUUACCCGAAGACUCUCAGCUUCGAAUAUGGGCGCACGAGCUGACCGAGGCUAUGGAGAGGGCUGGGCGACCUCUAAAAGCGAACCCCCACACUGUAGGGAUGUUACAGCGUCUCGGCUACGUCGACGUCGAGCAAACAAUCAAGCGGGUCCCGUUCAAUUCUUGGCCUGAAGAUGCACAAGAAAAGGAGAUGGGUAGGUGGUUCAACCUCGGUAUUACGAAAGGGCUGCACGCCAUAACAAUAGCUCCUUUAACUAGGAUGAACGGUUACGACCCGGAACAUGUUGAGAACCUAAUUUCAAAAGUGCGGAAGGAAAUGUGCUCCCGUAGAUUGAGAACUUACUGCACCAUGUAUAUCUGGACAGCACGAAGGCCAUCUAUACCCGGCCAACGAGCGUGAUCGCUCCGGCUGCCUGCAACGCAACCAUUGGAUCGGUAUCUAUCUACACGCCACUGGAACCAAGCUUCUGCUCGGUGAUCUCUGAGGCCAUAAGCCUACCUUGGACGUCUACGGCGCUUGCAUAAAAGACGUAUUACUUCCUUCCUAUGCAGGGAUCUCCCGCCUUUUCUAGUCGAGUUAGGAGCUACUAGAAGGCAGGCUCUAGGAUCUUGUCUAACUCUUUUCCGCCCCCAUAUCUCGAGCGUCAACCCCGGCG